CGCACUCUCACAGCAGUUGUUGUGCCAGAGACAGCGGUUAAAGCCCAAGUCGACCUAAACCCAUUGAGAAGUGGAUAUGGAUUUCACACGUCUAAUGCUGUUUAUUUUAACAUCGAUGCCACUUUGCUUUUCAGCUUUUAGUGGGCCCUUGUAUCCAGAAAUGUCAAAUGGCACAUUUCAUCACUUUUUUGUACCGGACGGCGACUAUGAGGAGAAUGACGACCCCGAGACAUGUCAAAUGCUCUUUAAAUUCACUGACCGGCGCGCGUGCGGAACGAAUGAGGACAGCGACUCGGUAGUGCGCAACGAUUUUUUUAUCAUGAAGCAUGAAGUUGAAGCUGCUGCAAGGUUGUUGGAAGGCAUCGGCAGAACGAUAUCUUACGACUUGGACGGAAAGGAAAGCUAUGGAAAAUUUCUUUCUCAGGAGACAUCUCAGAUUAGUGAGGCUUUUACAAGUGUGGAGAAAUCACUCUUAGAGUUAGAAGUUAAAUUCAAACAAAGUCAGGACAACGGCCUUGAAGAGGAGCACCAACUCAAUGGCAAUGUCUUGAAGACAAUCCAUGGCGUUACAGAUAGUCUCAGGGAGACAGUGGACAUCUCAGUGGGACUAAAAGAUAAACAUGAGCUGCUCUCUCUCGUUCUUAAAAGCCAUGGCACAAGACUCAGUCGUCUCAGAACAGAGUAUCUCAAUGUAUAAAUCAGCCCAGUCCCAACAACUCCAUCUGGAAAGUCCAUUGCAUGAAGAAUGAAAAAUACUUCUGACGUAUGUGUUUGCGCGCUCGUGUGCAUGCACACUUUCUGAAUUGUUGUGUUUAAUGUUCCCCUGCCUUGUAAAUGUGUCAUUUGGAAGGAACUUAACUGAAAACAUAAACACAUUCUUUGAACUCAGUUGAACAUGGGAGGAAAACAAAAUUAUCCAUUAUGCCUGAUUGAACCCUUGGAACCACCUCUUGAACUUUUUAAAGCUACAUAAUCCGACUUUGCUGACUCAAUUUCAUCUUUAUUGUAUCGCUUGAAAUCGGGCUGUACAUGUAAAGAAAUGUAUUGGGAAGAAGCUGAUAUUAUCUACUUUAAAUGUUUUAUUCAUGUACAUAAUGUUACUGUUGUCUAGUAAUGUUUUUUUCUUAUGUUAUGUUGUAUUUUCAGCUUCAGAUAUAACAGGUCUAUUCUGUAACUAUUUGAAAUGUUCCCAGUUCAAACCAAAUACAUUUUAACUAACAGGGAUAAUGCCUCUAUUGGAACUAUCACAUUAAACUUUUUACCCCUAAGACUUUCUAUGUAGGGAACAAAAAGUAUAACACAACACAUACCAAAGGAAAUGUGAUAAACAGAUGUAUUAAAGUUAGAGGUCAUAAAGAUUUAAUAGGAAAUAUGGGAAAGCAAGUACGGAUCAUGAACUUCUUAACUUCCUGUUGUCAAUAAAUAAGGACAACAUUCCUUUUUCACUGGUAACACACUAAGUUUAGACGUAUUUCCAUUUUUACUUAUUUUCUUUUCUGGGAAGCCUGUGUCAUGUAUUGCUCUACUUAAUGUGAAGGAGUUCAUGUUUUUCUAUUGCAAAAAUACUGGCGUAACUGAGAAGUCAAGGUCUACGCAGACUUAGAGACCUCAGAAGAGGUGAAAUAAAAUGCAUAACAACCUGCAGGCUCCUGUUCUCCUUAUAAAAUACAGAACAAAUUAAGUCAAACGCAUGAACAUUUUAUUUUUCAAAAAUAUUUUGACUCGGCUACAAUUCCAAGAACAUCAAAACAUCUCUCAUGAAAUCACAGAUUCAUCUUCAAUGCUCAUGUUCUCCUUGAAUAAACAUAAAUGCAUAUCUACAUACAUACAGUUCAAAAUGUAUAUUAACAUAUAUUUUUUACUCAAUGACGAUACUACUGCACACAAUUGCCCUUUGAAAUGUCACAAUACUCAUUCAUGAUUUAAUUGUAAAAGUUUGUGCUAUUGAUCUUCUGUGUUUCUUUAUAACCUGUAAUAACUUUUUUUUUUCUUUUGAAUAAUUGUGUGCUCCCUUUGAAUAGCAAGCAAUGACACUUUACAGCAGGGGUCCCCAAGGGGUUCUGUGAGGGCCAGAUCAUUUUUCCUUUCUUUAAUGUGGGGCCGGGUCGGUCUAUAACAGAAAAUUACAUGGGCCGGAGUGACUACCAGUAUUAUUGUGGAGAUGUUAUUAUGAUUUCAAAUGUAUUUAUUAUGCUAGAUUAGUUUAUUAUUUUGUUAUUCACCAUACAUCCAUACAUAUCAAGGGAUAUAUAGCCUAUUAAAAGAGCAUUAUUAAUAUCGUAAUGACCUUUUUUCAUAUUCAUUGCUAUUGAAAUCAAAACAUUUACUUACUUAUGCAUAUUAAUCAGUGUAAACUUUUU